CGUAGUAAUGGAGGAAUUCAUAGGAGUACGGCAGAAACCCGGAAAAACGGUGCACUCCUAUUCCAUUCGUCUGCAAGCUGCAUAUGUUGCACUAGCAGGCAAGCUGCAAUCCAAGCAAGUGUUGGUGCAUGAGGAUGUAAUUCUCAGAGAACACUUUGUGAACCACCUAAGUGAUGAUUUGCUAAGGCGCAUUCUGCGGGAAAAGCUCUGGGAGCACCCCGAAACGUCUUUUGUUUCCCUGAGAGAGACAGCCAUGAGGUGGACUGAAGAAGGGGUCCACAUCAGCAACAGUGUUUGUCAACAGUUGGCCAAUUUAUCCCACAGAGUGGAUCAAUUGACAGCCAAAUUGUCAUCGCGUUUCAAGUCUGGUGGUAUUCGCACCCGGAGACCACUGAGAAAAUCCAGGAGGUGCUACUCCUGCGGUAUGCCAGGCCAUCUAGCCAGAGACUGCAAGUCCCAGAAGACACGUAGGCAAAUUAAGGGUCAGUCUCACUCUGCUCAGCGACCUUUAGGUUGUCAAAAUUGCGGAAGCUGGAGACAUCUGACCAGUAGCUGUCCCAAAGAUAACAUUAACAUAAUCCAGGUUGCCCCUAAACAACCAGAAGAGAGUCCAUCACAACCAUCUACGGUUUUCAUUGUCAAGACAGUGACGUUACCAAUAGUGGAACCCAACGUCAUACCGAUGGUGAAUGCAGUCGAUUCCACUGGAGAUGAAGAUAUGUUAAAUACCGUAACCUCAGAAAAUCAAGUUACCGACUCUGACCAAGAAGGCAGCCUUGCAUCUGACUCUGUGGACGUUAACCUUGUGGACGUAGAAUGCCCCAUUCUAAUACAGCCCUGCAGAAAUUCAUCUGUAAUCCCAGAAGUAUGUUCAGAUUCAUUUGCAACAUGGGCAUCUCUAAAGGCCUUAACCGCUACAUGUACCGGUACGAAUGACAAACUGGAAAAUAUUGAGAACCUAGCUCAAACAUUUAUUCGAAACUGUGUGGAGUCGAAAAUUCUUAAAUUUUCUUAGUUAUUGUUAUUACUUAGACUUUUUUUGUGUGUAUAUUGCUAUGUCUUUGAUGUAUUUUUUUUUCAUUUGAGUUUUUAUUUCUAAAUUUGCUACUGAUAAUAUUUAUGCAUUAUGUUCGCGAGAAUGAAUUUGAGCCUGUGGCUGUAGCUCUGUGUUGGUCUGUGUGACCUUGUAGAAAUCUGAAUAGUUUUGAUAAGUCUGUGUGACUAGGUCUGCCAUACCUUUGUGGUUUUAAUUCCCUUUAAGCCUGUGUGGUUUCAUUUCACCUUCAAACCUGUGUGGUUUUGUUUCCCCUUAGCCUAGGUGGCAUACUUGUACUGAGAUCAGCUAUAUCUAUAUUUUGAUGCACUGUAUUUCUUCUUUUAUCUUGCUAUGUCUUUGAUUUAUGCAUUAAUGUAACUAUUCUCACUUUAGUAUUUUAUUGGCAGAAUAAUUGUGUCCUGUUGCCUGUGUUGCAACAUGGAAUUUUCAGAGUGUGCAUGAGUAGGUAGUCCAGAGAGUUAGGUUGUCUGAAAUGGAUAGCGGUAUUGUUUUACGGGUUUUAGAACUUGCUGUAGAUGUUGAAUUUGUGUAUUGUGAUAGCACUGUAAUUUUGUAGUAUUAUUGUUUUGCGGGGACGCAAAAGUUUUGAGCGGGGGUGAAUGUGAGCUGGCUAUCCUAGGUCUAUUUUUUUUAUCUAUUCUUAUCUGUUGUUUAUUUGUAAACUAUCUAGGCUAGGUCUAUUUUUUAUCUAUUUUUAUCUGUAUUUUAAGUUUUGUAAACUAUCUAGGCUAGUGCUGAGUGCAUGCCUGUCUCCCGCCAGCUCUUUUACUUUAGAAGUUAGUUUGUAUGAGUCAUGACCUGGCUCUAUAAAUAGAAUGGAUGAUGUAGUGUCUUGUCCCUUUUUCCGGUGUUGACCGCUGGUCAGUGCUUGAUUAGCUUGUCUGUGCUUGAUUAGCUGGUCUGUGUGACCAAGGAGUGAUUUAGAAAGUUUUUAUUUAGUGUUGUUCUGUGUGGACUGCCUGCUAUAAUUCCUGUUCUGCCUGUCUGCUGUAGUUUUGCUUUUCUGCCGCUAGUAGCUUACUGUUUAGUGUGGGGAAUUUAGGUUAUAUGAGUGGUUUAUUGUUUUGUAGUGGGUAUAUUUGUUUUAUUACUGUUUUUUGUGUCAAUGAAAAUAAAGUGUAUAUAAGUUUUGUUUUAUAAAUUUAGUUCAGUUUGUUAUUUUAUUUUUAGUUAGCUAGUUUAGUUUAAUUGUGCGGUCUGAUCGCCCAGGCGAAGGCCGCCCUUUGGUCGCAGACCGGAGUGCACAGAUUGGACCCACACGGUAGAGUUACCACCAACCUACCGGUUAAAUAAAAUCUGUUUAGCAGAAAAAGGUCUAGUGCCUCCUGACCUGCUGACAUUUGGUGAAACUAUUAUCCAAGAGCAAACCACUCCUGACAUAACAUGUGCUUCGAAUCAAGCUUAGUUCCACACCAAAUACGUAAAUGUUCUCUUAAAUACAAAACGAGUUUAUUGUAAUUUUGUACGAUUACGAAAUCAAAUCCUACAGCAAGUGAAACAAUUUUUUAAAAAUUCAUUUUUAUUGGACAGUAGCCUAUGUAGCAGUUACUAAAGUAACUGCAUACGGUAGUCAGGACAAUCAAAUGUAAAUAAUGCAAAGUUCAACACGUUUGAUGACGUCA